UGUUUACCCAAACGAGCUAACCCGUUUACGGACCUUCCGUUAAGUAUGGCGACGAAUCGUGUAGUAGAAGACAUCGACCCAUUAAAAGCUGAAAAAGAAGGAAAGGUUCGCGAGGUUGGGCCAAUGGCAGUGUGGUCGUUGUCAUCUUGUAAACCAGGGUUUGGAGUUGACCAGUUGCGUGACAAUUGUUUGGAAACUUAUUGGCAAUCAGAUGGACCUCAGCCUCAUUUGGUAAACAUACAGUUUCGUAAAAAGACUACCAUACAAGAUGUUUGCCUGUAUGCUGAUUACAAACUGGAUGAAAGCUAUACACCAAACAAAAUCUCUGUCAGAGCUGGUACUCACUUCCAUGAUCUUCAAGAAGUAGAAGUGAUGGAAUUGAACGAACCUUCUGGUUGGGUCAGGAUUCCACUUAAGGAUGUUUUAGAUCAGCCAAUUCGAACUUAUUUAGUUCAGAUUGCUGUUCUCUCUAAUCAUCAAAAUGGUCGUGAUACUCACCUGAGACAAAUUCGAGUGCAUUCACCUGUGGAAAAUAACUGUUUUGCUGCUAUUAAGUUCCCAAUGCUUACGAGUAUUGAGUGCUUGGCAUAUAGUAAUAUCAGAUAAAAGUAAUUGGAUUGUAUUGCAACAUCUGGUAUCUUAUGCAUAUUCAUAAUCAUUUUCAAAUUUAUUUUAUAUGUCUUUUUUUUACAGUUCAUCAUUUUCUUUUAAUCUUUUAAAUAAAAUAAACAGUUCAUAAAUCAAAA